AUGGCCAGCGAUCAACAAAAGGUUCUUGUGCCCCCCAAAAGGGUCAACACUGACUAUCCGUUGAUCGACUCUGAUCCGCACAUCACACGAGUAAUAAGAUAUGCCAGACCUUCCGACUAUGCAGUGGCUGGCGGCAUGGCUGCUGUGUCCCCAAUUGCUUUCUGGGUUAUGGAAAGAGUCAGUCCGUCUCAUGUAGGCAAGGGAGGAUUUGCCCCGGUGAUGCGACUAGCUACUGUGAUCGGGCUUCUUGGAGGAUUUCACAUAUUCUACCAGAGAUCCGUCAACCGUUUCUAUGGCUUUACCGAGAACUCCCGAGAGGUUGAAAUGGAUAUGAGAGAAAUGGUGGACAAAGUUAAGAAGGGCGAGCCCCUCUAUGGAACCUCGAAAGUUUCAGAAUACCUCCAAGGUGUGGCGGCCAGGAACUCACGAUACUCGGGGUUAUUUGUGCAUAUCCUCCCUUGGUUCAAUUUUGUCAAUCACAAUCAGCACGGUGUCGAUACGGCCAAGUACUAUCAGCAAGCAGAAAGGGAGCUUGAGGCAGAGCGCUUGGCUAGAGAAGGUUCAUCAUGA